CAUCGAGCGAAGGAGGCGGUCAUGGGGCGGAGGCUCUGUCCUGAGAGCCGAGGGGCAGCGGCUGAGCCGGCGCUGUGGGUCAGCGUGGGAAACUUCUGCCCCAGUGGGAGCUCAAGAACUUCUGCUGGCUGGCCUACUUGCAGCUUUGAAGGGUCCGGUGUCUUCUAGUUCAUGUGUUUCCAAGGAGGGAAGGAGUGAGUUUAUUCUGAUUUCUAGCUGCUGGAUGUGGUCCAGAAAAGGAGAGCUCUGGGAAGAGGGCAGGACUGGACUACUUAAAAGCCAGUAAGAGGUUUGAGGCCUUUCUCUGAGACUCCAGCAGUAUAACCUCGCCUCUUUGGAACUGAAAGGAAUUUACUCUAAUUUCUGUACAUAAGGAGAUCACACUUGUCACAAAGAUGCCUAUUUUGAAGCAGCUGGUGACAAAUUCUGCUAAUUCCAAGCGCCGCUCUCGGGCUGAUCUGACAGCCGAGAUGAUCAGUGCUCCCCUUGGAGAUUUCCGUCACACCAUGCAUGUUGGCCGGGCUGGUGAUGCCUUUGGAGAUACCUCCUUUCUCAAUAGCAAGGUUGGGGAGGGUGAACAGGAGGUCACAGAGGAGACAAGUUCUUCAUCCAAACCUGGCCUGCUGUCACGGAAAUUCCGGAGCAGCAAACGGUCUCAAUCUGUGACACGUGGCGACCGACGGGACAUGUUGGGUUCUCUGAGGGAUUCAGCCAUUUUUGUGAAGAAUGCAGUCUCUCUGCCUCAGCUCACUGAGAAGGAAACAGACAAGAGUGGUGGGAAACAGAUUCCUAAGAGCCUCUCCUCCAGCCCUGUCAAGAAAGCACUCGAAGAGAAGACUCCUGAAGAAAAACACAUGAAUGGUGCUGCUGCAGCUCUCAGCUCUGGACCCCACAGUCCUGGCUUGGAGGAGCGGGCUUUUGGUGACAUAACUGACUUGCCCUUGGUGGUUUCCAAGAACAGCUAUGGAUUGAAGCAUGCAGAGUCCAUCAUGUCUUUCCAUAUUGAUCUGGGGCCAUCUAUGUUGGGCGAUGUCUUGAGCAUCAUGGACAAGGAUCCAUGGGAGCAAGAGGAUUCUGGUUAUCAUGGUGCAGAGGAUACCCAAAAGGAAGCAGGUCCUGCAGAGGAAUCACCAGCCCACUGGCUUAGCCAAGAAUGCAAGCUUCCCCAGGAUUCCUUGGCUCAGCAUGACGACAGCAGAGCAGCAACGUACAGUCCUGGCUCUGCCCGUAGCAUCACAAGUCGCCUGACUAUGGACAGCAGUUCCAUUUCCAGCUGUGCAUCUGUGGGAGAUGAACAGCGGAGUUCAGCCUCCAGAGGACAGAACCACAGCAUUCCAGAGGAUGCCAGGCAUGACAACCCGGUGAAACAGCCUGACAAGGAAUUCUGCUUCAUGGAUGAAGAAGAUGAUGAGAUAAGAGUAUAAAGAAUGUGACAACCAUGCCACGUUUAAUUUGCAUUAGGAAAGAACAACUGGCAGCUGAUUCUGGAAUAAAUGGUACUGCUGGAAAAGUGGCUAAAUGCUUUUGCCAGCAUUCUCAGUCUUCGGUUUUCAAACCCAUCUCCCCACUAUUUCCUUAAGCAGACUGCUGCAGGAAGGUUCCCCCCAUGAGAGGAUGACUUGAGGAAGGGGAUCAAGGAUCAAGCUGGGGGGAAAAAAGCAUUUAAAUAGCUUUUCUUAUGUUUAAAGUAACCUUAUUCCUAUAAUCUUGGUAUUGACUAAAUGAAAUCACUCAAGAAUCUUUGGAAAGACAUUAUUUCCAAGAAAGAAUUCUCCACUGUAAAGAAACCUAAAUGAUAACAAAACAGAUUUUGAUUAACUUAUCUACUGCCUGUUUAAAGCAAUAUAGAGCUGAAUACUAGAACAAAGUUCAAAAACACUAGUUUCUCUAUUAAUAUAUUUCCAUCUUUCGCAUUUGUACUAGUACUCAUAGGGUUGGUGAGAUUUUUUCCCCCCUAUUGACCAGGAAAAUACCAUUCUGGUCGUGGUACAACAUUGAAGGAUAUUGUAUACUUGUAGGAAGCAAAUACACAAAGGAGCUUGAAAAAACUAGAUCCUCCAUAUCUCCAUGUUCAGAUGCUAACAAUUCUCUUCCUGCGGGCAGGCCUCUGGAAGAUUUACAGACUUUGAUAUCUGGGAGAGACAUUUCUUAUUUUUGCUUUUUUUAAAAUCAGCUGACAAAAACUCUUUACAACUACAAAUUGUGGGGAGUGGGAAAUACAGCUAUCCUUUUUACAUCACAGCUCUUUGGGUUUAUAGAGGGGGUGCAAGAUGAAAUUUGUAAAAAUGCUAGUAUUUCCUGAAGUAGAUAGCUUGUACUUUUUCUACUACUAAAAAGUGUCACCCUUGGAGAUUAUAACUUAGGUAUCCCUUGAAUAUUCUUCAUGAUACUUUGCUUCAAGUUUGAAAUUCCCUGGUGGGUAAGAGAUGAAUACUAAGAGCAGCUGCCCCAUCCCAAAGUGAAGAAACUCUUCUCCCUGCCUCACUCUUUCCAGACUCUUUCUCUGUAAAUAGGCAGAGCAGAUGCCCUAAGAUUUCUUUCUGUCAAUAGAGGUGGUAACCAUUACAAGUCCAAAGUGAAAAGUCCCAGAAGUAGCGAAAUAUGACACAGCUCCAUCUUCUUUUAGCCGAAUCUUGAAAAAGUCAACUAGGUUCGCUGAAGCACAAAGAACUUGGCACUCCCUGUUCCAUGAGGAACCACAUUGCUCAGUUCUCCUCCUUGAAACUGUUUUUAGGAUCCUCCCACCUAAUGCAUUUGGGAGGUGUGCCUGUGUCCUUAUAACCUACGCCCUACCCUUUUCCUUUUUCUUUUGGCCUUGCUUUACAUUUUGCUGGGCGUUAAACACUAACUUUUGCCUUAUUUUUGUUUUUUUAAUUUUACCUUUUUGUUCAUACUGUAUAUUAGACCUGCUCACCCCUUUGGGAGUAGUCUUUCUUCCUCUUUGGGGUUGUCUUUUAUUGUGUGUGUAUAGGUGUUUGUUCAGUGCAUCUGUUGGAGGACUUUUAAAAAGUGGAACUAUGUUUGUUUUUAAUAUACAAGGACAUUAAAGUAUAGUGAAGAAAAAGUAUUUCCUGUAAUCUUCUGGGAAUUUUUUGUUUUGUUUUGUUUGUAAUGUGGGUUUCUUUGUGUUUUUGCAGGGGAAGGGCUGGGGGCAAAACAUUACUUAGAUAAAUUUUCAGUGUCCAAACUGCAAACUCCUAAACUGCAUAACCCCACUUACUGGCUUACAUUUCAUUGAAAGUGCAAUGGGGGAACAGUUUUUGGAACCUGCAUGUCUGUUAGGCCAACAUAGCAAUGGUUUCUGAAACUCUCUCCCCCCCCCCAAGAUUACCACAGGAAGUUACAGUAUUAACUUGCAAGAGGUGGGAAUUAA